AUGCUCUGGCGAACAAAAUCCCACCACAGUCAGACCUCCGUGGCGUCUGCCUCCAACAAUGACCCUGCCGCCUCCGCCACCGCCGCCGCGGGCACCGCAUGGCUUGCGGGCCAUCUGCACCAUCUCACACCGGAGCAAGAAGAGAAGCUAGUCGAGUUCAAGACAGUUUGUACUGAGCGCGGAUACUACACUCCCGCCGUUGCAUCGGCAGAGGGUGUGGAAGAGAAGCCCGCGAGCCACGAUGAUGCGACCAUCCUGCGCUUUUUGCGCGCUCGCAAGUUCGACGUCGAGGGAGCAUGGGCUCAAUUUAAGGAUACAGAGGACUGGCGCAAGGAAAAUGCUAUCGAGUCGUUGUACCAGAACAUUGGCGUGGACUCGUACGAGGCCGCACGCCGAAUGUACCCGCAAUGGACUGGCCGUCGUGACCGACGCGGUAUCCCUAUCUACGUCUUCGAGAUUCAGCACCUCAACUCCAAGGCUAUGGCCGCUUACAAUUCUACCAUGAGCACUGGUACCCCCGAGACCCACAACUCGUCUUCUGUGCCCGCACGCUUACUCAACUUGUUCGCUUUGUACGAGAAUCUUCUGGGAUUCGUGAUGCCAUUGUGCUCAGCACUGUCGCGGCCUAACCCGGAGACACCCAUUGUGACCUCCACCAAUAUUGUCGACGUGAGCGGCGUUGGGUUGAAGCAAUUCUGGAACUUGAAGAGCCACAUGCAAGAUGCUAGUGUGUUGGCGACGGCGCAUUACCCCGAGACUUUGGAUCGUAUCUUUAUUGUCGGAGCACCUGGUUUCUUCCCUACUGUCUGGGGUUGGAUCAAGCGCUGGUUCGAUCCUGGAACCACUUCUAAAAUCUUCAUUCUGUCUGCUGCCGAGGUGCAGCCCACUCUGGCUUCCUUCAUGGACCCUGCUAGUAUCCCGAAGCAAUACGGUGGCGAGUUGGAGUGGCAAUGGGGCGACAUGCCCAACUUGGAUGAGCCCGCCAGCGAGUUGCUGAAGGGCGUUCAGGUUGAAGAGGGCAACAAGACUGGUCUUUUGAAGGGUCCGAUUCUGUUCAAGGGCGAUGAGAUCGAGGUGUUGGGUACCGAGAAUGGUCAGGAACGCCGAAACACCAUCCCCGUUUCUAAGCAGCCCACCUCAGAAGCCACCAAGCCCACUGAGUCUGCGAGCAGUGACGCUGAACUUACCCCCGUCCCCACAGAUAACGAGAAGGCAGCGGUGAACGUUGAUCAGGUCACAACUGAGGAAACUCAAACCACCACUACUGCGGCAUAG